CGCUCCAAUCGGAGGCUCCCAGGCCAGGAGGGAAGCGGGCGAUGCCCCAGCGCGCUCCCGUUCCAAGGGGAAAGGAGGGGCAGGGAGGCUCCCAUUGGCCGAGCCCGGGCGCCGGAGCGGCUCGGAGCGCAGCGGGCUGGGCCCGGCGACUGGCAGCAGCGCGGGGGGAGGCUGCUUUGUUGGGGCUGGGUCGGGCGGCGGCGGCGGCUGCUGGCCCUGGCAGAGAGCUCAAGACUACGAGCGCACAGCCUGUGAAGGGAAGGAGUGCUGCGUAAAUGGCCUUGGAUGUGGAAAAAUCCAGUUCUGAAGCCUCACUGAAUGUGAAAGCCAAGUCCUAUGGUAGGUGGAACUACACAGAACUAGAGCGCGACUGCCCUGAGUUAGUUAGUGUGCACCAGCUUUUAGAAGCCGAGGAAGUGACGUCAUCCCCCAAAGGAACUGAGGAUGUGCCAAUGGAUGGAACAGGCCACAGAGUAACUGGUGUCUGCCAGAGAAACUCCAGCCAUUGUAAAGUCUCUCUAACGCCUUCUUCCAGGUUUUCCAGAGCAAAAGCAAAAGCAACGUAUGUGGAGAGACAGCCAUUAACUGAUUGCUACCACGAGUGGCGCGAUUUACCCCAUCGCUUUAGCGGAACUCUUUUCCACCCUAGAGGCCAGCAGUGUUUCAAGCCGAUGAAAAUGGUGGAAUGUCCGGGCAGUAAGGAGCAGCUUCCGAAUGCCCCUGCGCUCCAGCCAGCACUGCAGAGCCCAGCGAUGGACGCUAACGUUUACAGCUCCAGUUGCGAGUCCCUUCCUGACCUAAAUGCGGACCGGGGGAGCCAAGCGUCGCUUUCCCUUUCUUCAGCCACGUUGAAGUCUUUGCCUGCCGGAACACUCCCCAGUUUUGGUACAGCAAUCCCAGAGUUUUCCAGAUCGAGCCUUUCCACCCCGCUUUCAGGAGAGGACGACUUUGAACAGCAAGAGAGGAGAUCAAGCUUUCCAGCUCGGAGGGAUUUUCCUUCUUGUGGAGUCGUCCCCUCUCGGUAUCGGCACAGUCGCUCUGCUCCAGUUGAUCCCAUGCUCAGCACACGCAGGCGGUUAAACCCUCUCUUUGAUGUCUGUGCAAUUGUGGAACAAGAAAGAAAGAAGUCGUCAUUUCAGGCUGAUUAUUGGGCAUGCGCAAUACCUGACUCUCUACCCCCGUCUCCAGACCGGCAGUCUCCACACUGGAACCCUAACAAAGAGUACGAGGACUUGCUUGAUUACACUUACCCACUGAAGCCAAAGUACAAACUUGCAAAGAAUCCCCAGGCUGUGAUGCCUGAACCCUUCUUCCAUGACUCUGGUGUCGAUCUGGACAGCUUUUCUGUUUCGCCCGAGAGCACUUUGAAAAGUAUCAAUGCGCCGGGUGAGGAUCAACAUGCUUCCGGGGGCAACGUAUGCCCGAGGGAGGAGUGCGGGAUCUCAGCGGAGAGAUUUUCAACUCCUUUGUUCAAGACGCCGGGGUACUUAGGAGCAGUUCCUCACCAUGGACCUUCACCGAUCGCCAAAGUGUCCUUUGCUGAAUGUGAUGCCGCUGCCCCCGAAGCGGAUCCCGUGAAAGGGUUUGCCAAGAGUUUGCCUGCUUCUGAGUGUGCUGGGUCGAGUUCACAUGACCCGGCUCACAUCGAUGGGAGGGGCUGGGGGAGUCGAGGAGAUGAACACUUUCCAAAGGGUCAGGUGAGGACAAAGAGCGCUGGUCAUUUUGUACCCACUACGCACAUAUUGCCACUGAAAAAAGCCUGGGAGAAGGAUGAAGAAUUUCUUUCCCUGCCUCCCAGAAUCAAGGAGCUAGAAGGUUUGGCUCAAUACUUGUCUGAUCUUUCACUGACUAAAGGGAGACUGGGGAAUGAGCAUUUGCUACAAGACCUUCCGUGCUACAGUGGCAGCAAAGGGCAGCUUUCCUCUAAAUGUGUUGAAGAUCAAGGCAGCACAGAAAGCAAAUACAGAGUUCAGGGCAGAGAGGCUUUUGUUCUGUGUCCCCCACACAACUCUCAAAAACCUUCUACAGAAAAUGUUGAGUUGAGUAGCCAGGACCACAGGGAACCUGUAAGCAGACUGGCAACACCCUCCGUCAGGGACAUGCUAGAUGGGAGAUCCUUCUCUGCACUGGAGAGGGAAGGGUGGUGUUUGACAGAAGAGAAGGAGUCCCUUGCACAGUGUGUUAAGAUAUUUUGCUGUCAGCUAGAAGAGCUAAUUCAUUGGCUGUAUAAAGUAGCAGAAGUUACAGACAAUUGGAUUCCACCUAAAGCAGACAUUGAAAGUGUGAAGACCUCUCUACGUCGUUACCUGCAAUUCAAGAAAGACGUCAGUGACCACCAGAUGCUGACAGAGAGUGUGUUACAAAGGGGCGAAACUCUCCUGAGCUGUAUGGCAUCAAAUUCACCAGUUUUAAAGGACGCCCUUGGAUUGAUUGCAAAACAAUCAGAAGAACUUGAAAGCCAUGCAGAACGUUUGUAUGAAUCGGUUUUGGCAGCCACGGAUACCAUUGGGGGUGACAGCCUGAUAAACGGUUGCCCGGGCAAAAGAAGCUAAGUGGGUGAUACCUCUAGCAAAGAUGGAGUUUGUCAGUCGAUCUUUGGAUGCAUGAAGGAUGAGAUCCAGCAAGGCACUCUGAGCAAUAACAUUUUCAACUUUUAUAAAAAUGUCCAAGUGAAAUUGAUCACUGAGUGUUACUCGGCAGUAUGAGGAAACUUUUCAUCACUGUUUGUGAAGUAAAAGCUGUGCCCAAGUGUCAUUUUAAUUACUAUGCUUUUAUUUAAACGAAUUGGGCUGUUUAAGUUGUUGUAGCAGGGAAAGAAAUACAGGUGCUGUUCAAAUAAGCACUCACCGCUUUCCCUUUAGUAGUAGUUUGUUCCAUUUUAAGUGUGAAUUGUCAGGAACCAUGACUUUUUAAAAUGAGAAGUCCAAACACAGUACCCACAUUGUUUGUGAUCUAUUGCCAUGCUACACAAUUUAACUUCACGUAAAGCUGUGUGGUUUGUUUUAUCGUUGUUUAUUUUUGUUUACUCUAAAAUUUCUCUUCAGCAAUUUAUGAUGGUUUGUCUCUGUUCAAAAGCAGCAACGGUUGAUGGUAGCUAGCUGAAGUAAAUAAAAGUUGACUGAUUGCUAGUUAUCCUCGCCUUACUGGAUACAGGGAAAGAACCCGGCCAAUGCCAGACACUUACUGACCUUUUCCUAGCACACUGCCAUCAGAGGGGGAUGGGUUGCUGAGAACUGAGCUCCAUACAAAUGUGUAUAUUAAAAAAUGUUUCUCUGUAGCCAUUCAGGUGCACUCUACCAUGGAGUAGGCCUCUUUUCUUUUGCUGCGCUAAUGUGGACUGGACAAGAAGCAGGUGCAGAAGACAAGUUUGAGAAAUCCUUACAUGAUCUUGUCAGUAACAUGAAGUAAAGGUGUAGUGGCAGGUGAUAACUAUUUGGUGGGAUAGUACAGAUCCUUUGUUUCCCUGUAAAAGGAGACAGGUUCUCUUCCAUCUUUUUAAAGUAAUGAAAUGGUUGAUGUAGAGAUUACAAGAACAUCACAGGGUACAUUGGGCUGUGCCUUCUAAACACAGCCCGAGCAGCCAGGAGGGUGGACAGUAGUAGCUUUAAGCUGCUUUUGCUUUGCCUGGGUUCUGGGCUCUACUGCUCCAGUAUAAAGUUAAAGCAUCCCUAAGGGUGGUUCAAACUGUAGCAGUCUCCCCACAGCUGCCUCCAGGCUGAACUCUGAUGACCAUGCUCACCACUGCAGUCUGCAAGGAAAGGUGGCAUGAAGCCUAUGACAGCCUGGUAGAAUUUAGCUCUAGUCCCUUGUAGCACCUGAUUAACUUCUGCUGCAGUAUGCAGGGCAAAGCCCUGAAGCACUCCACAAAAAUGCAAUGAUUUUCUGAUGAUUUCAUAACCUUUUGAAAACUUGCUGUGCUAUGACAUGACUGGUAAAGGCAAAGUUAGUCCCACACUGCUGAAGGUCUGUAAACUCAGCUCUGACAGACAAGGCUUUUAUAGCAUGGAAACACUCCUCAAAGACAUGCUGUAAUCUUGUAAUUAACAAAUCUUCAGUCUUACUUAGAGAUCUGCAGAAUUAGCAAGAGUACCCAAACAGCAUCACCCCAAAGCCUUCCUGAUCAUUUUUUAAUAGCACACUAAUCCCUGUAGCUUGAUUGAAUACAUUGAUCAAAUGUGGAGCUCAACUCUGAGUCAAGAGAUGAUCAGCAAAAUAAGAGAGCAGCCUUUGCUCUGCCUUACUGGAUGUUACCAAGAUUUUUCUUUUCAUGUUGUUGUGAGGGGACACCUUUGAAAGCCACACCUCCUAGAGAACAUCUCAGCCCUUGACAUCUUUGCUCCCAAGUGUUUGCCUGCAGGUAAGAUUUUUCAAACACCCCGAAAUCCCUUCCCAUUUCUUUUCACACAAUUGAAGCUUGAGAUGGUUUGGGCUUGAUCUUUUCCAGGAAAAUUAGACAACCUGAACUUAGAGCAUGGGAGCAACUUUAGAAAGCAACUGUUGGCUUUUUGUGUAAAGUAGCGACAAGGACAUUUUUCCUUUUGCAGACACUUUAAGAGAUACAACAGCAAGGUAGGCAGUGGGCUAAAGCAGAACUUCAGUGGUUCCAAGCAGACUACAACCAAUUAACCACUUCAAUUACCUUUAAACAAACUGACUGCUAUUUAACCGUCUUCAGAUCUAGUAUGCAUCAGUUCCUCAUCCUCCAUUCUUGUGAAGAUUAUUUUUGUGGAUUAUACAUUGAUAGGGGAUAAUAGCAUACUUGGAAAUAUUAAGCAUUUCUUUAACAGUAGUAGUUUGUUACAGAAUCCUAAGCCUUAACAUUUUCACUACCUUGAGGUAGGCAAAUGUAGCUUUAAGUAGUGAAUUUCAAAACAGUGGGUUAGUAUAUUGAUUUAUGCUCUAAGUUACAGGAAUUGCUUCCAAACCCAGAAUGGGCUGAGUAGAUUGGAUCAUUUACAUUUAAAAAAGGCUCCAGAGAUAGAGAAGCUGGUGCCAGCCCUGCUUUUGAAGGAGAAGUCAAGUUCUGUUCAGUUUCGUCUUCAUAACUUAGCUUCUUAAACUUUUCCUGAUUGAGCAAGCAUUUCAUAGCAAUGACACGGAGGCAGGGCAGUGCCUUGACAGAAGGAGGUAACUACCACACAACUGUAAUAGCUUUUUACUCACUAGAGAUGCUCCCCACAUAUAUUCAGUUUACACUUGAAGUAAGGUUGAGGUACAGGGGUAAGCCCUAGUAGUGAAAGAAAAACAAAUUACACUUCAAUAGCUCCAGUGCUCAGAAUGGAAGUGAAACAAUAGGAUAACUUAAGUUUAAAUAUUCAGCAGUUAAGUCACUUGCAGCCUUUUCUCUCUAGGAUUACCAAGAAGCAUAGCUGCUUCUACAGGUUGAACCUCUUAGUCUGGUAUACUACAGGAGGUCAAUAUUCUUUAGAAACAUUAAAACACAUCCACUUUAUACUGGACUCUUAGACCAGGCCUGCACUAGACUUGGCAACUCAGCUUCAGGUAUGCAACUCUAGCUACAAACAGAGAGGCUGAUGGGAGCAAACACUCCUGUUGGCUUCCCUUAUACCCUGCAACAGGAGGAAUACCUGCUGCCAGUGGGGUAUCCUUGAGUUAAAUUUAGCAAGUCUGAACUAGACUUUAAAUCAAACUCUAGAAAAAUCUAUCAUUGUAGCAGCAAUCUUCCUUUUACUAUAGGCAACGCCAUAGACCUUUAGGGGUAAAUCAGAAUUAAACAGCACAGAACAGCAAGGCCUAGUGUCUGUAAAAAAGCUUUAAGGGAUUACAGGAAGCUUGGACCUUGACUAGCUUAAAUGCCAGACCACAGAUGUUGCUGGACCAGAGUGCACUGGACUAAGGAAGUUGAACCUGUAGUAGAAAAGGGAAAUGUCUCUGCAAGAGACACAAGGGGACAAAUCUUCUAUCUCCAAAUGUAGAAGCCAGCAGUAUGAUUUGGAGGGAAACUGAGUUACUUCCUGUUUACUUAUCUGCAGCCUUAAAAAAAACACCCUACUUUCUAGCUUUGAAACAGGUCAGUUUCUUGCUCAGAAAUGUUGACAGUAGCUACAAUGGAAUUCUGAUCCAGCCUGUGGGGAACAGCUUAAGGCUCCAAGGAAGAACCUGGUACAGAUGUGUGACCCACAGAAACAGCAGAGAUAUGUUACCUAUGACAUACUUGAAGGUUAGGGGAAUGAAAAGGAAGUGAAUCUCUUCCAAUAUGUGAGUAGAAGAGUUGAGGCUGCAGUCAUUUUCUGAAAGGCAGUGGAAUAGUGGCUGCAAUGUUUUGCUAAGCCUUUGGGCCCAAUCAUUUCCUCCCACACAGUUCCAAAUGAAUCUGACCUGCCUCCAUUCUAAAUUCCUUCACCUCACAUUGGCUGCUUUUCAGAGGCAGGCCAAUACAGAGUGUAGGAAUCAGCACCCCCAACUUCUGAGGCUCCUCCAAAGGAGGAGUUUCCUUGUGGAUCACUGGAGGAAGGCUACCUGCCACCAAACCUUCCCAAUUUAUAAUGCAGGUGAUCAGGACAGAGCAGACCCACUACAUUAACAGAUUAUACAUCCUGCUAAAUGCCUACAAAAUAGACAUGGCCAGCUGUUUGACUGGUGGAUGUUUUGUCAUUAGGCAGCUAUGCCCACCAAAAAUGUAGCCCACACCAGGAAGACUUGCAUGUGUUCCCUAUAAGGCUAUUUGUCUAGUUAGGAAACUAAAUUAAGCUGGCUCUGGUAGCAGCAGGAUUAAAAUUCCAUCCCUCUAAGCACUUCGCACAAAGGGUAAAGUUUAAUGAUGUUUGUCAGUUUUAACACACAUUUUAGAAAACAAAGCAGUAGUGUAGGCCUGUGAUGUACUAGCACUUGGCACUUUGGUUUCUAGGAAGCUUGCUUCCUCCAAGCAAUGGCCAACUCCUAGGUUCUAUUGUUCUUCACUUCUAUUUUCCCUACCCCAGGAAGCUUCAGAUAUUUCUUUAAAUAUUAGCAUGCACAGAAGUACCACCUCACAAAUACCAAUUUCACUGCAGCAUGAUUUAGCAAAACACCAAAUAAGACUUAAUGGUGUAGCCCAAAGUAGGUUUUGCAAGAUUUUUAUUACUAUAUAUGAACAGUAGGGUGUUUGGAUUGCAUUUAGCAGGCAGCUUGACAUUUAGAAAUAAAUGAAUUCACUUCUAUGGCAAAGAAGUGUUUUUUCCUUCAGUGAACACCGUUCUUCAGAAUAUACUGCCUGUUUCCUGAUUUCAUUAGCAGUAAUCAAUACCCAAAUACCACCACUCCUGCUUAUAACAGAGCAGGUGACCUUACAUUAGUCUGAACUGAUCCAACAAGCACGUAUCUAUAAUACAUAGUAUACCACUUUGAGUUUCUCAGAUUGAAAAUUCAACUCAUUUUAGUUAUGACAAUACUCUUUAAACACUUAUUUUGGUACCAUGUGUUAGAAUUGCCUGUUAAAUGGACAAAUAAAAAAAUUGCAGUAAGUUUGCUGUAAAGAGCUAUUGCCUCAAUUUGUUUCCCAUAUCCAAAAGCAUAUUUGCACCAGUUUGUUUUAAUCUACAUCUCACAACAUACUGAAGUUACACUUUGCAAUCACACUGAGUUUAUUUUUAUCCACAAGGGAAUGUACAUGGUUAUUUUAAAAACCAUGAGAUAUUUACAAAGUAAGCUCCACAUUGCAGUUCUACAUAAAUCUGAACAGUUUUACCUUUAUGGGAAGAAGCAUUACAGGCUAGCUUCCUGUGUCAGGCACUAAUUUGAUUAGUUCUGUACAAAGAUCACAUGCGCAUUUGGUUUUAAUUGACUCAGUUACUCUGCUACUUAAUUUUGAAGUCUGAUUUGUAAUUAGUUCCUUUAUUUUAUUUUGGGGUAUAAUUUUUGGUGGCUUCUUACCAAACUUUCAACUGAUUUAGUAUCACUUAAUUUCAUCCUACUUAUGGAGAAUUGAAUAAUAACUAAGUUGUUGCACUAAGUUUAUUAAAUAAAGUCAAAACAGUAUUUGAUUAAAAGUAUGGAAGUAACAUAGAAAGACAUGACAUACUGGCAGAGUUACAUCACCUUGAGUUGUUAGCUUUAAGUCAUUCACAUGUUAGGAAAAAUUGUUUCC